CUUUAGCGCCUUGGUAGUUGUUUUUCUUUAGCCCCCCCUGCCACAAAUCCAUAUAUGUGGUGCACAGCACUUCUCUCUCUCUCACUGCAGAAUGAGUUCUGUAAUCUGCAAGCUCUCUCUUCCCAUUAUUUCCUCUUCAUCUUUUGCUUCGCCGUCUAAAGAUGCCAACUCCACUUCCUCAAACAAGUCAGUGAAGCUAAGGGAGGACUGGAGGCAACGAUCCAGACCCAUCCCACCUGGUGGAACUUAUCCUGCAAAGGACCAUUGCAGUCGAUGUGGGUUGUGUGAUACUUAUUACAUCGCCCAUGUGAAGAAUGCUUGUGCAUUUCUUGGAGAUGGAAUGUCUAGAAUUGAAGGUUUGGAACCCGUUGUUCAUGGUAGAGGGAGAAACGUAGAUUCUUUUGAUGAGAUGUACAUGGGUGUACAUGAGGAGCUGUUGUACGCUCGUAAAAUUCAGCCUGUAGAAGGAGCUCAAUGGACUGGAAUAGUGACUACAAUUGCAAUUGAGAUGCUGAAAUCUGGCAUGGUUGAGGCUGUUAUUUGUGUACAGAGUGAUCCAGAGGACAGAUUCUCUCCAAGGCCUGUAUUAGCCAGAACUCCAGAUGAAGUUAUAGCUGCUAAAGGUGUCAAGCCAACAUUAUCUCCUAAUCUGAAUACUCUUGCAUUGGUUGAGGCUGCUGGUGUGAAGCGUCUUCUUUUCUGUGGUGUUGGUUGCCAAGUGCAAGCAUUGAGAUCUGUUGAGCACCAUUUGAAUUUGGAAAAGCUUUAUGUAUUGGGCACCAAUUGUGUGGAUAAUGGAACUCGAGAAGGUCUUGAUAAGUUUCUAAAAGCUGCAAGUGAUGAACCAGAAACAGUUCUCCAUUAUGAAUUCAUGCAAGAUUACAAGGUCCACUUGAAGCACUUGGAUGGUCGCAUUGAAGAGGUUCCUUAUUUCUGUCUCCCAGCAAAUGACUUGGUAGAUGUUAUUGCUCCAUCUUGCUAUAGCUGUUUUGACUACACAAAUGCUUUAGCGGAUCUGGUGGUUGGCUAUAUGGGUGUGCCAAAGUAUCCUGGACUCAGUAUGACGCAACAUCCACAAUAUGUAACAGUCAGAAAUGAACGAGGUAGAGAAAUGCUGGGUUUGGUAAAGGACCUUUUGGAGAUCACUCCAACAAUUAGUAGCGGUGACCGGAGACCCUUUGUUAUGGAGACUGUCAAGGCAGAUGACAAUGCAAAGUUGGGGAAGGGUCCUUCUCAACCUGCACCAAAGUUUGUUGGGAAUCUUAUUGCAUUUUUACUGAACUUGAUUGGCCCAAAGGGACUGGAAUUUGCCCGUUAUUCGCUUGACUACCAUACCAUCAGGAACUACUUGUACACAAACCGCACUUGGGGAAAAGAAAGAGCUGACAGGUAUACACCUUCUUAUGCUAAGAAAAUAGUGGAAUUGUACAAUCAGAAUGGUCAAAUAGAUCAGAUGCUACAAAACAAGUGACUAUCAGAUGCUGCCAUGUAUGUGACAAUUUCGAGUAUAUGUAUAAAUUCUAAGUAAUAACACUAUAUUCCACGUAGCUCAGUGUGUUAAAAAUUACUGUUUCUAGUUCUCACAGAUGUACAGUUGUAUGUUUGGUCAAUGCACCAAUUUAAGAGUUUUUGACAA